AUGAAAGGCAAUAUUCCAGUUAGCAAGGACAAGAGUAGACAAACUGCUGUUAAGUUGUUUGAGCAAUGCUACAGUGAUGUCACCAAGGAGCAAUUUUUGAAUGCAGUAUCAAGCAUGGUCAAUCUGAAGUUGUUCUUUGUUAUUGAUUGGAUGAAGAAGAUCCCACUGAAGAAUUGGACUGCUCAUGAGUUUCUUGGGGAAAGGUAUGGAGAGCUUACAUCCAAUGAAGUUGAAAGCUUUAACAGCUUGAUUAGGCACGAAAAGCGACUGAAAGCCAUUGAGUUGAUUGAAUGUAUCCAUGCUCGAACAAUGGAGACAAUGUGGAAGAGGAAGCUCACAACUAGCAAGUGGACUACAAGACUUACCCCUAAGAUGCAAGCUAGGUUAGAAAAGAGGAUAACUGACUGUCGUAGGUACAAGGUGCGUCGAGCCAGUGAGGUCAUAACUAAUACUGGGAAGCAUACUGUCGACUUGGACUCCCAAACCUGCACUUGUCAGUGGUGGCAAAAACACAGCUUCCCCUGCAGUCAUUCCGUGAAAUCUAUGGUACAUAUUGGUGAGGACGAGGUAUACAAGCACAUCACACCUUACUACAUUGUCGAAUACUACAGAGGUCUGUAUUCAAAACCUAUUUAUCCUAUUCAUGAUGGAGAUAAUCCGAAUGAGAUUUCUCGGACCAAAUAUGUCAUGUCUCCCCCUGUUGGACCACAAGUUGGAAGACCAAACUUUGUUCGUAAACACAGUUACCGUGAGAAAUUUCGCAAGAAGAGAAAGUGUGGCCGUUGUGGAAUGCUUGUAUACCAUAAUCGUAGAACAUGUCGGAGUGCUCCAUUGGCCCCUCGCCCACCAAUUUUCAAGGAUCAACCAAGGAUUGGAAGGUUUUACAUAAUGAUGUUCAUAUGA